GGUGGCCGGAGGCCUACGGCAGAGCGCCGGAAGUACUGCUCUUGGAAGGGUCCGACUCAGGCCGAACCGUGUCGGGCUUUUAGGAGUCGGGCAGGAACCGGAGACGCUGAAGACCUGAGUCCUAGCAAACUCCGCCGUCUGGCUCACCGGCGGGUUCAUUUUCUGUGCUUUCAUCGGCUCAGCCGCGAAGUGAGUCGUGGACCAGCCACUCCCUGCGUCCAGCCUCGAGAACGAACGGGAUCGUCCCAGCGGCGCCGUUGGGAGAAGAGAGCCAGCAGGAAACAGUCAAACUAAGAUUUCAAUCCACGCAAUUAGAUUUCAGAGCCACGUUCUUAACCAGGACACAGCCACUCCUCAGUAAAAGGUCCCAGCCCAUCUUCAAAACAGUCCUGGGUUCUGAUCCUGCCAUCCAAGGAACUCAGAAGAAGGGGACAGCCUCUGCCUCUCACCGCCCUGGAACAGGACCGGCAUGUCUCAGGCCACCAAGAGGAAGCAUGUGGUGAAGGAGGUGCUGGGGGAGCACAUGGUGCCCUCUGACCACCAGCAGAUCGUGAGGGUACUCAGGACCCCAGGGAACAAUCUGCAUGAAGUGGAGACAGCCCAGGGGCAGCGCUUCCUGGUAAGCAUGCCCUCCAAAUACCGCAAGAACAUCUGGAUUAAGAGAGGGGACUUUCUCAUCGUUGACCCUAUUGAAGAGGGAGAAAAGGUGAAGGCUGAGAUCUCCUUCGUGCUCUGCAAAGACCAUGUGCGCUCUCUGAAGAAGGAUGGGCUCUGGCCUGAGGCCUUUGAGGUGGCUGAGAAACACAAUAACAACAGGAACAGACCAACUCAGCCAGAACUCCCAGCUGAGCCACAGUCAUCGGGAGAAGAGUCCAGCUCUGAAGAUGAUUCUGACCUCUUUGUUAACACCAAUCGUAGACAGUAUCACGAGAGCGAGGAGGAGAGCGAAGAGGAGGAGACAGCCUGAGGCUCCAGGACCCACUUUCCCUCCUCUGACCUUGGACAAUUCCAGGGUGCUCUGCAGAUCUUCCCCCCAAUGGGGACAAGGCAGGACUCCUCUCUGAACUGACCUUCUGACCCAGGAGAAUUAAACCCCUGGUGGGUGGUGACUUCU